AAAAAAAAAAAGUAAAUAUCAGACCAACAAGUAUUUAUAGUAAACAAAGGCACUUUUCUCUCUAUAAUUGCCUUCUUACCCACGCUUUCAGAACUCUGAGUUUAGGUCCGAUCACAAUGGCAACAUACGACGAUGGCAAGAUGUGGUCGAAGCUCUAUGCAUUGGCGGAUGUCGCGGCUAUGUUGUAUGAUGAUGAAACUUCGGCGAUGUAUCCGAAACUCUUUGAAUUCGAGGAUCUCAUGACUAUGAAGUUUGAUGAAGAAGUAGAAGAACGUGCAAAGAUGGAAACAACGUCUUCGGUGGUGACACAAAAUCUUAGUGAGGCUUCUACUUCUUUAUCGCUCCUUGACAUUGGCGCUGAUCCCGUGACGCAAAACCCACAAAACCCUACUUCUUCUUCAACCUUACUCGUCGAUGAAAUCAAAGCUGAGGCUGAGAUGAUGGAGACAGAAGACGACUCACCAAACCCUAGUUUCAAAUCUUCGUCCAUAACAGAAUAGCUCUUCCAUUAUUAUUCGGAGAAAGUUGUGUGUUUGUUUUUAGACUCUAACUAGAUUGGUUUUCGGAGGUUUUUUUGUCUAGUAGUUAACUUCUCCGAGUUCUUGUUUUUUUUUUUUUUUUUAGUUCUAGGUUUUUCUUUCUGUUGUUUAUGAUUUCGUUACUACUUACUACGAAUUGAUGAAUAGUUUUGACAUGAAUAUGUUUUGCGUUAACAGUUUUACUUUUCAUCUAUAGUUCUUUUUUGACGUUUGGUAUGUGGUUUGCAAUGGUGAAUUAAAAUAAACAAACCUUGCAUUGCAUGAUGCCAUUGCCAUUGAUGGAUGUAUAGACCAUAAUCCAGAACACUUACAAUAGAGAUUAUAUAAAGAAGAAGUUGAUCUAGUAACAAAGAGUGACUU